AUGAGUCUGAAUUGCCUCUCGUGUCAACUCUUCUUGCAGAGAUCGGACUCCGACAAAGACCUCGAGCAGCAUGAAUACUUCACCGAUCAGGCCAAGUCGCCGGACAGAAGCUGGUCGGGAAACCUCUCGUUUCGCCCUCCCACUCGCCAAAACAGCGACGGGUUUCGGGUCCGGACGGAGAAUAAGGUGGCGCCGACGGGCCACCGCCGUCUUCACAGCACUGGCGCCGUCGCUUUCGGCGGCCCUGGUAAGGAGCCGAGGCUGAUUAGAAGCGCGGGGAUGAGGAGGGAUUGGAGCUUUGAGGAUCUUCGAGCCAUCCGAGAGGAAAAGGAAUCAUCUCCCAAUUCCUAA